AUGCUGCUCCAGGCAAUGUCCAACCUUAACUUAAGGUCAUCUACCAGCACAGAUCUUGCUGAGGAUCAACAUCAGACCCCUCCCAGCCAUUUAUCUGGCCUUGAGGAGGAACAACCCCAGGCCUCUUCAGGACCUAACAGGGAACCCCUAACAGUGGUGGUGCUCACUGCAACAGACACAUUUCAAUAUGAAUCGCCAGAACAUGGAGUAAAGAGCAUGUUUCAUGCUACAGUGGCAACAGUGGCUGAAGAGAGCCAGUAUUUCCAGGUGAAAGUUUUCAAGAUCAACUUAAAAGAGAAUUUUACAAAAAACAAGUAUUUCACCAUAUCCAAUUACUUCGAGAGCAAAGGCAUCCUAGAGAUUAAUGAGGCCUCCUCUGUGUCAGAGGUUGCUCCUGAACAAAUUACUGUAGCAUCAUUCAAGUGUAAUUUCAACUGUCUUUUCAACCGUGUUUUCAAAGCUGCAAGUACCAGUUCUAAGAUCUGGGAUAUUCGAAAGUGUGCUGAAGAGGCAGUGUUUUAUGGAUUGUUUAAAUUACGCAAGAAAACAGUGAACCAAACGAAUACAAUCUAUGAAAUAGAUGAUUAUUCAGGAACUAUAGAAGUGGUGGGGAAUGGAAAAUGGCACAACAUCAAGUGUAAGGAAGGAGAUAAACUCAGACUCUUCUGCUUUCACCUGAAAACAAUUGACAACCAACCAAAGUUAGUGUGUGGAGAGCACAGUUUCAUCAAGACACCAAGGAAAGGAACUGUACCAAAGGAGCCUUCUAGGGAAGAAGGUCACCAUCAAGGUCCCAAACAAGUGAUGGUGUUGAAAGUAACAGAACCAUUUACGUAUGACCUGGAAGAAGAGAAAAGGAUGUUUCAUGCUACAGUGGCUACUGAGACUGAGUUCUUCAGAGUGAAGGUUUUUGACACAGCUCUAAUGAGCAAGUUCAUCCCAGGAAAGAUCAUUGCCAUAUCACAUUAUAUUGGGUAUAAUGGGUUUCUGGAGAUAUACAGAGCUUCCUGUGUGUCUGAUGUGAAUGUUAACGCAACAAUGUUUAUCUCAAAUACACUGAGUGAAAGCGCUAUUGCAACUCCGAAAAUUUCUUAUCUUUCCUCACAAGAAAAGGGGACAUUUGUGAAUGGAGAGUUUGUAGUAAUUAAGAAAACUGAGAGGAAUAAAUUCAUUUACUAUGGAAUUGAAGAUGAUACAGGGAAAAUGGAUGUGGUGAUUUAUGGACGACUCACCAAUGUCAGGUGUGAACCAGGCAGUAAACUUAGACUUGUCUGCUUUGAAUUGACUUCCACUAAAGAUGAGAGGCAGCUGAGGUCUGUAAGGCACAGUUACAUGCAGGUCAUCAAUGAAGGAAAGCCACUCAACCCAGACUCAGUCAGGAGAACCUCUCUGGAAUCAUACUUCUGACAACCUGGAUGCCAAUGACACUGUUUGUGGAGAUAAGAUUCAAGUACAGAAAAUAAAUG